AUGUCCUUCAACUCUGAAAGUUCAUUACCACAUUCCAAACAGUGGGAUUAUGAUGUGUUUUUGAGUUUUAGAGGAGAAGAUACUCGUAAGACCUUUGUCGCCCACCUUUAUAGAGAAUUAAGUCGAGCUGGAAUCAAUACCUUCAAAGAUGAUGAAACACUAAAAAGUGGUGUAUCCAUCUCACCUCAACUUGUGAGUUCCAUAAAACGGUCAAGGUUUGCCAUUCUCGUCUUCUCAGAGAACUAUGCUUCAUCCAAAUGGUGCUUGGAUGAGUUAUCGAAGAUUAUGGAAUGUCAACUUGAACUUGGGCAGGUAGUUGUACCAAUCUUCUACGACAUCACUCCGUCAGAAGUACGCUACCAGAGAAAUAGUUUUGCUAAAGCCUUUUCCAGGUAUGAGGAAGAUUUCAAGGGUGACACCAACAAGGUGCAUAACUGGAGGAAAGCUUUAAAAGAAGCAGCCGAUUUGUCUGGCCAUGAUCUGCAUGGAGCUACUUACAAUGGAGACGAGUCUAUAUGCAUUCAACAUAUUGUGAAAGAUAUAUCUAAUAAGUUGAGCCGAAAGUCAAUGAUCAGUGGCACUCUUGUGGGAGCAGAAUCACAAAUUCAAGCUGUACUUUCACUGUUGAUGAUGGAGUGUGAAGAUGUUCGAUUUAUUGGGAUUUUAGGGAUGGGUGGUAUUGGGAAGACCACCAUUGCAAGGGCUAUUUUUGAUAGUAUUUCUCAUCAAUUUGAAGGUGCUUGUUUUGUUGUAAACGUUAAAGAAAAUCAACCUAAGCUGGGAUUGUUGUCUCUACAAAAGACUCUGGUUUCUGAGGUGUUGACAGUUGAAUCUGUGAAUAUAGCUGAUGAAUAUGGUGGAAUUGAUAUGAUCAGAAAAAGGCUUGGUUCUAAGAAGGUUUUAGUAGUUCUUGAUGAUGUGGAUCACCAAGACCAGUUGGAUGGGUUAGCUGGACACCGUAAUUGGUUUGGUGGAGGCAGUAGAAUUAUUAUAACAGCAAGGGAUAAACACUUAUUUCGGGACUGUGAUGGAACUUAUAGUGUUGGCUUACUAGCUGAAGCUGAAGCGAUUCAGCUGUUUAGUUGGCAUGCUUUUAGAAAGACAUCUCCUAACAGUGAUUUUCAGCAGCUCUCUCAAUGGGUGGCACAGUACGCCGGUGGCCUUCCCCUGGCGCUUAAAGUCAUAGGUUCCUUCCUGUGUGGACGGAGCAUGAAGCAGUGGAGAGAUGCACUAGAUACACUGAAAGGUAUUCCAGAAGAUGAAAUUAUUUCAAAGCUUAAGAUAAGUUGUGAUGGACUGGAGGAUGCACAUAAGCAAGUUUUUCUAGACUUAGCAUGUUCCCUUAUACCAGGUCCUGCUUAUAUUAGAAAACUGUACCCUGAAAUAAUAAUAGCUGUCCUGAUUGAGAAGUCCCUCCUUUUUGAGUCAUCAUUUGAAAGGAUUGCGAUGCAUGAUUUGAUUCGAGAAAUGGGACGACGCGUUGCACUGCAACAAUACCCAAGGAAAAGGAUAUGGCUUCAUGAAGAUAUUGCUGAUGUUUUAACAGAAAAUACGGGUGUAGAAGCAGUAGAAGGCAUAUUAAUUCCAUUGAAGUCUGAUGCAGAGGAAGAUACUAUACACCUGAGCAAUGAAGUCUUUAGACAUAUGAAGCGACUAAGAGUAUUCAUUAAACCAUAUCACAUGAACUUCAUGCAUUUGUGUGCUCAUGAGCCUAUAAAUUUCCUUCCUAACAGCUUAUGCUGGUUUGAUUGGUCGUAUUAUCCUUCAGCAUCGUUGCCAAAAGAUUUUAAACCACCAAAACUGGUGGGCCUUAUUAUGCGUUGCAGUUAUGUGGUUAACCUUUGGAAGGAGUCGAAGGUAUGA